AUGAGUCCAGAACAAGCCCAGUUUAUGGCAAAUCGCUCCUUCCCCAAUAGCUAUAGAAGCAACAUCAUGCCUAAUUAUUAUCAUCCAGGAUUGCGCAACCAUGAAAAUUUCUCUUAUGCCAAUAAUAAAAAUGUGUUGCAACCACCUCCGGGAUUCAAUUCUCAACUGCAACAAGAGAAAAAGCAGUCGUUGGAAGACAUUUUGGGCACUUUUAUUAUAGAGUCUAACAAGAGGUUCAGAAAAAAUGAAGCAAGACUCGACAAUAUAGAGACCCAUAUGAGUAGCAUGGGAGCUUCAAUGAAGAAAAUUGAGACUCAAGUGGGCCAAUUAGCUAAUGCGGUGAAUUAUAAUCAGAAGGGAAGUUUUCCUAGUGACACUGUGGUAAAUCCAAAGGAAUCAUGCCAAGCAGUUUCUUUGAGAAGUGGUAAGGUGCUUGAUGAGGGUAAUGUUCAAGCGAGUUCAAAUGAGAAAGUUGAGCCAGUGGUACGAGAGGUAGACAAAGAAGAGCAAGCCAAGAAGCAGAGUGGAAGUAACAAGAAUGACAUGAAGAAAGAUAGCCUUCCAGUGUAUCAACCUCCCAUUCCAUACCCUCAACGAUUUCAGAAGAAGAAAUUAGAUGAACAGUUUGCAAAGUUUCUAGAAAUCUUCAAACAGAUUCACAUAAACAUUCCAUUUGCAGAUGCUCUUGAGCAAAUGCCUAAUUAUAAGAAGUUGCCUCAAAAGGUGAAAGAUCCGGGUAGCUUUACUAUACCAUGCACUAUUGGAGGGUCAUCCUUUGACAAGGCAUUAUGUGAUCUUGGAGCGAGUAUUAAUUUGAUGCCACUUUCAGUUUUCAAGAAGUUGGGGGUAGGAGAGGUGAAGCCCACAACCAUUACCCUUCAAUUAGCAUAUUGGUCACUUACUUAUCCUAGGGGAGUGAUUGAAGACGUGUUGGUUAAGGUGGACAAAUUUAUCUUUCCAGUUGAUUUCGUGGUUUUGGAUAUGGAGGAGGACCAUGAAAUCCCCAUUAUUCUUGAUUGUCCAUUCUUGGCUACUGGAAGAGCUCUUAUUGAUGUACAAGGUGGUCAUUUGAAACUGAGGGUUAACAAUGAAGAGGUUAAAUUCAACAUUUAUCAAGCACUCCAGCAGCAUGACAACACGAGCACAUGUCACCGUGUGGAUUCUAUUGAGAGGAACUGCUUUUGGGGUGAGAGAAUGUGGAGCAAGAGGUGA